GGAUUCUAUUCUAUGUUGGACACAAUAUAUUUACUUCUGCCAUUAAACGCUUGCUGUUAUGACCCUAUGUGAGUGUUGGCGGUGUAAAUGCUCUCUGAGUAUGGACUCCAGCCAUGGCCAGGAGCUGAUACGAGCCCUCUCGGAUCUUUAUGAUCCUCUUCUUGAGUGUGCUAAUCUGCAGGAGAUCUGUAUAUCAGCUUCUGGUAAAGGCAAUGUCUAUCGCAUCGCCGAGUUGUAUGACUUUUUUGACUUGUCUAGUGUUGAUAUAACUUGCCGUAAGGAUGUUGAAAGGAUUAUUGAAGCUGACUUUAUGAGAAGUCUAGAUCUUUUAGGAUCAGUAGUUUCUUUAGAAUUGCAUUUAUAUGAGAUUUAUCCGUUACUACGUCGUCUUUUAAUUAUUAUUGAGGGUAGUCUUCUUCAUGUUGAUAUUAAGAAGGACUGUAGUUUUCGUAUGAGUGACUAUCGGAUGCAAUCUUUUAUAGAGUUACCUUUGUUUACUAUAUUUGAUAAGCACUAUGACAGGGUUUUCUCUAGGGACAUCCAGAGUGACAUUUUAUGUUCAGCUUUGUCGUGUAUGUCGAAGUCAUCAUUCUUCCGUAUAGACAACUUGUUGAGCAACACCAGUAAGUUGGUUGCUGUCCUGUUACCUAUUGUUCGCCACAUUUUUGAAUUUAAGACUGCUGACAAAUUGGAGUAUGCAUUGGGAUCUUUUACCUUUGGUGCUUUUCAGCGUAUUGCUGGUUUGUUUCUUGUGCUUCAGGUAGUAGAUCCUAUGUUUGGGAAGUCUUGCAUAGGAUCUGCUAAGGUUGCUGAUACUGCAGGUAAUAAGUUUGGCACUGCUGUAUUUGAUGAGAAUUUAGUUCGUUUAUCAUCUUUAAUCAAGGACACACUGCAUGUUCCACUGGGUAUGCGUGUGAGUAGUGAUUUUCUGUGUUUACUAUGGGAGGAUUUUUUGGUUAUUCCUAUAUUCCGCAUGUUUGAAUCUAUGUUUCUUUACUCUAACAAGAUUAUAGCAACUCAUGGUCCCUUGGUUGACCUUGUGAUAGACGGUGUGGCUAAUUUCAUGCGUAAGGUUUUGAAUGACUAUGACCCUAGUCAUAUAUGUCAGGAUGUUGUUGUAAAAUUCACCAAGCGCUUUUUGUCUAUAUUCCACUUUGGUACUGUACAGGUGAAUAAGUGCCUAUCUAGUUAUUUCUUCUCUCGCUUAUCGCAUAUGAUAAAGUUACGGCAGAACUACAGUAGUCACGGUCCUGGUGUAAAUAACCGUGGUUACGUGCAUAAUGUGGACCCGUUACUUGAUGGUUUGGUAUCACCUCGUCCUGUAACUUUCAGUAUCAAUGCUUUGGUUGGUGAGGGUACUUUAAAGAACACUCUAUCGGAGUAUGUAGGUACUAUGACAUUUUAUAGUCAUCAUGUUGAUGACCUAUUUUAUGUCAUGUUUGGUAUAUAUGCUUUGGAUGCUUCAUACACGUUGAUUGAGCAUUUAUCAUUGAUAUAUAUCCAUUUUGCUGGUCUUGUUGAACUGACUGAUGUUUUGGGUUACGUCACUCAGUUAAGUCCUAAUGUUGAGAUUGCUUCUCUUUUGCAGAAGGGUGUGGGCGUGAUGUGGUCUAUAUUAAAGUCUAUGAGUUCCCACAUGUCAUUCGAGGCCUUUAAAACUUGUUUUUACCACAUGGGCAGUGAAUUUCAUUCGUGUAAUGUUGCUGCUCAAAUUGUAUCCUUCAAUUCCCUUGAUUGGAGCUUGGAGCGCUUGGAGAUGGGUUACCUUCGCAGUGAACCACACUACAUAACUCGUGUUGAGAUGUUACAGUCCAUACUUAAGAAUGCAAGUCGUUAUGCUUGUACUUGUAUUGCUUACGCCACUCCGAAACAUCGUCGUCCUCUUAACAGCUACUCAACUAUUUCUCACAUUUCAUUGUCUAAAUGGUUGAUUAUGGAAUUGCGAGCCCACAAGUUAGAGAAGCGGGGGCUCUUGGACGCUCUAACUGAAUGGUGCACCAGUUACCGUGCUGAGGAGUACAUUCUCGCUCAAUACCUAUGCCGCGUGGUGGCAAUGCUACACAAGGCCGACGAAUCAUUGGUAGCUUGUACUCGUUAUUUGUUUGACGUUCUUAUUGGUAUAUGCAUGAACACUGAUGGUUCCAUGGGUCUAUCCACUGUAAUGGGUGAUAUGAAUCCUGGUAAGAAGAAUCUUUUCCGUUGUAUUGGUACCAUAUUACGUCACAGUCUCAUUAGUUCAUGGUUCAUGAGGAAUGUAAUGCUACCUCUGACAUGUGUUUUUAUAAAUGAAGUUCGUAAGCACACAUCAUUUUUGGAGUCUGCUAAUCAUCAAUUACCGGAAUGCUACUUUGUUAGUAAUAACAAGGAGUGUCGCUGUUACCGGGCAUUGAUUGUUGGCAAAUCCAAGAGUUUCUUAUCGUAUAUUGAGUUAUUAUCGCAUGUACGCUUCAACCAAUACACUCCCGUUAAGGACGAUGAGAUGUCGAAUAUAACCUCUUAUGUGAUUAACGUGCUUUCCACUUUAGAGAUUGAUUUGAUCCAGUCACUUUACAUAAGUGGUGAGUGCGGUACCCUCGAGGACAGGUUUAGUGUGUUUGUGUUGGCUAUAAGGCUGGGUGGUGCUUUAGUCAAGGUGAGUAACUUUGGUCAGAAGGAUGCUGAGGUUGUUUCUAUAUUGAAGUUGUUUUCGAUGUUGUCCAAUCCAUCGAUUUGUGUUGCGUUGGAUGUGAAGGUAUACUUGUCGAUAAUUGAGAAUGCCAUUCGCAUUUGUCACACUAUAUACACUGAUGUUCCCGUUAAGGAGCAGUUGUUAAAGCUACAGCGUAUAUUCAUUACUUUGUUGUUUACCAAGAUGGACACUAAUCCUGUGGUAUUACUUAAGCACGAUCUUUAUAAACAUGUUCCCUCGGAGAUGCUUGGCCAGUUGACUGCAAACUUUCCCAAUAUUCUGCAGAAGGCGCGUGGAUUGGGUUAUUACUUUACUAUACUGUACAACUAUCGCAUUUGGCAUGCCAUGCGUCGAUACAAUAUCCAUUCUGCUGUAGUCAAGAAGGAGUACAUCGACUCUACUUUAUGCACCCAAGGCGAGUCUCCUGAGGUACGCAUAACAUUGAACGUUGCUUUUAUAUCAUUUUCUCGUAUAUCUGACAUACAAAAAGCGGAGACAAUUCACGAGUUCGUUCGCAAGGGCAGUUCCAUUGGGAUGUACACCAACCAAUAACUAUUUCUGGGUGGUACUGU